CUCGAAGCGACGACCGUAGUGAACGAUGGCUUCGUCCUCCACCGUAACCCAGCCCAACACAUCCCUCUAUAUCAACAAUCUCAAUGAUCAAAUCAACAAAGAAGAGAUGCGUGGACAGCUCUACGCUCUUUUCACAACAUACGGCAAGGUGAUCGACGUCGUCGCGUCUAAAACACCCAAAAUGAGAGGGCAGGCAUUCCUUGUGUUUACCGAUUUAGCAGCCGCAACCUCUGCUUUGCGCGCGUGCGAUGGUAUGCUAUUCUAUGACAAGCCCCUUCGCGUGCAAUAUGCGAAAACCAAAUCACACGCUACCCUGAGGAGGGAAGAUCCUACCUUCGUACCGCCUACAGCUGCACAAAGGAGUGCACUCGUUGAUCAACAAACAAGGACAAGUGGUGCAUCCACACUGCAGAAGCGCGGUCGUGAAGAUGAAAUGGCGGACGAAGAGGGACGGGCCCAGAAACGGAAACCGGCUGACGACGCUGAGUCCGAUGAGGGUGAGGAGAUGGAGAUAGAUGACGAUGAAGAGGCGGGGCCGAAGGCGGCUGCCGCUAAUACAAUAGUCCCCCAAGUUGCGGAGCGCCCUUCGGCACGUCUACUCUGCACUAACCUGCCGAAUGAAGUCACAGACAGUGUCCUUUCGGUCUUAUUCCAACAAUAUCAAGGAUUCCAGUCGACCCACGUCGUACCGUCCCCGACGUCUAACGCAGCAGGCCAGAAGGCCAAAAUGGCUCAAGUGUUGUACGAUGCUCCGGAGUUGGCAACUGUCGCCAAAGAGGCUUUAGAUGGUUUCACGUUGAAGAAGGGGUGGGUAAUGUCGGUGGCGUAUGCUUAA